GGUGCACGUCAUACGAUCACCGACCGACCACCGCCGACACUCCGCCUGCGCCACCCACAUAAACCUUUCUUAUACUAUAACCUCGUUAGCUAAGUGACGUUAAGUUUUCACAAAUAUAAUACUGGACACUGAUAGCGACGGCUAAAGGACAUGGCGUAGCACCCAUCGGAGUGUGGCGUUCAAACAAAUACGAGAUAACCUUGGUCCGCUGCAUUUAUUAUUCAGUGGCUGCGCUUGUACGGUGUACCCAUAGCCAGGAUGGCGCCCUAUAAAGGUAAACAUGAGGAUCACGCAAGAAAUUAGCAACGGUAACAUCGCGGCAUUCGAUAAAGAAGCGACAUCAUCGCAAAGAAUCAAUACGAAUUGGGCAAUAUCACGUAACCCGAGCUCAAAUAAUUUAUGUGAAAAUACGAACAUUGCACAGUUUAAUACCCAUUGCAAUAACUCCAUUAGCGAUUCACUGAAGACUUCGGAAACUAUAGAGACGUACACAUUCCGAGCGGAUGUUGAAAAUUUAGAGACUGCAAAUGUAAAUAUAGAACUUUCUGUGUGUAACAGGCAGUAUCGUAUAAACACUUUAAAUAACUUCGUUUCAUGUAAGUCGAGUACCAAAGAAUCCAUAAAUCUGGAGGACGGUAAAGAAACGCUCGUUCCUCGUGAAAGCACUUUAGAAAGUCCUAAUGUUUAUUCGGACGAUACACCUCUUGAUGACGAGCGGGUAUUUGAACACUCUGAUACAGAUGAAAUGUCAGAAAACGCUUUACGUAACGUACCAAGAGGAAUCGUGAACCCCAAUUAUCCUGGUUUUCAACAUUUAGCACACACUUUGCAGGAUUAUUCAUCAACUAUAGAACAAUUUUACCAAUCGGAAAAUGACAUGACUGAUGAUGACGCUGAUAUAGAAAUAACAGACCUAGCUUAUGAGCCUGAUCAAUAUGAAAUAUCAUCUGAAUUUAAAAACAUUAACAACAAUAACACAAAUAAUAUUAAAACAGAUUCUACAUCUACGCAAAUUGAAACAGCCAUGUUAGAUAGUCAUAAUCAAAAUGAAAUCCCAGAUCUUUUAAAAACAGUUACUAAAAAUAAUAAUAACGGAGAUUCGUACUUCGAUCUAAAUUGUUCCGAUACAGAUAUAGAAAACAAUUUUCAUACUAAAGAUAUCAUCGGCGAUUUCAAUAAAGAAAUAGAAGACGAAAUAAGGCAACUCUUAAAUUAUAACAUAAAUAUCCAAGACGACUUAGAAGAACUACGUAAAGAUAUUAAAGACACAUUCGCAAAACCUAUUGAAAAUACAAUCAAUAAUAUAAGUGAAGUGGUAAAUCACGUUAUAAAAAAACUUGUUGAAACGCAAAGUGAUGUAUGCGAUGAAUACGAGAACAGUAUUUUAAUGGAAGAAUCUUCUACUAACAUAAAGGAGAAGGAAACUGCGGAGGAAAUAAGUAAGAUUAAUAAAGAAAAUGAAAAAAAUACUAGAACAGAAAUGAAUCUAAGUAGGCCUACGUUUUUACUUAUAGAUAAUAAUACUAGUAAAAUAACAGAUGCCUUUUUAUCAGAUGGAAAGGACGAAAUUAAUAUCAGUGAAUACGAUACUGAAAAAUUAAGUCUUAACGUUGAGAAUACUAUAAAGCAGUUAAGCACUGAAUUGAGGAAAAUAAUUCCUAAAUUAGAUGAAAUGCGUGAGCGGGAUAGAUUGUGGGCCGAAAGUAACAGAGACACAAUAACAAUACUGAGAGAUGGCAAUUCUAAUGAAAUUGAGAGUUCAUCGAAAUGUUACAGCUUUAUGAGGUCAGUAAGUGCGAAAGACAAGGCUGAUGUGAGAAAUGUAGGAUAUUACGGAAUACACAAUACUGUAAGAAAUAAUCACACAAAACUCCAAAGUGAACCGAGAGGAGGUCGAGAUUGUCAAAAGGAAGUAAAAAAUAAUUAUCGCAGCGCUCAACGUAAUCCUUCCGUCCGGAAAAAUGAUAUUGAGAACACAAAAGACACUGAGUUUGACAGUUUCGAUGUUUACAAUAUAGAAACUGCGUUGCCCAAAUUAGACUUGGAUGCUAUUGAAAAUCAUUUAAAGGCGGCAAAAGAAGCUGAGAGAAGGAAACGCAAUGACAGGGAAGAGAUCAGAAGGAGGUUGGCCAUGGGGGCUGAUGCUGAUGAAUACUACAGUAUGGGACACACAGACCGUCCUGGCAAAAAGCCAAGCCUACACUCUAGACUUCAAAGUGGGAUGAAUCUGCAAAUUUGUUUCAUGAAUGAGACAGCGUCUGACAAUGAAUCUCAAGCAGAUCUGGACAAAAAUGUUAAUUACAAUACAAAAAAUUCCUCAUAUUCAAACAUCUUCAGUAAAACAAAUUACAACCAUCCGUAUCAGACAAGGCCACUGUCGGUGAACAUAACAAGACAUGAUAAAAUUAGCACUGUGCAGAGUGGAGCCAAAUUGCGACCUUCGUCAUUUAUACAAAAACACACGAAGUCUCGGUCGUCACAUUCCUUGGGUCACAUUGAACUUAAAGAAUCAGACUUCUAUGCUUUACAAGCAACUCUACAGACUGAGGCGAGGAUUGCAUUAGCACAAGCUAAAGAGAUGGCCCGUAUACAAAUGGAGCGCUCGCGGCGCGCGCGCGCGGUGUCGCCGGUGACGGACAUGCUGCGGCGCUCGCUGCACAAGGCCGCCGCGCCGCUCGCCGCCGACCGCCGCCGCGUGUCGCGACAGCUGCUCACCGACAUGAACAUAGCGCAGUUGCAGGUGAUAGUGAAUGAGCUGCACUCUCAGAUAGAGUCGCUGAACGACACGCUGGUGAAGCUGCUGAUGGCCCGCGACGAGCUGCACAUGGGACAGGACUCGAUGCUCGUCGACAUAGAGGAUCUCACACGCUAUUUAGGCGUAAAGGAACAGACUAAGAAGACCAAAGGUUCAAAAUCUGGAAUGAAAAGACUCACGUCUUUAGUACACAAAUAAUUAUGUACACAUUAUUUAAAAUUAAACACAAAAUUAAAGUUAAACGUAUUUAAUAAAUAUUUACCGUAUGUAGCACCCGUGCCAUUUAACAUCGUCGGUCUGAAGUUGGCUCCGGAUCGUUUUAACUUUAAUCUGUUCCAACCGUUAUAUUCGAGCUAACUUCAGACUUAUGAUUUUAAAUCGUACUAAAUGUAAACUGCGCAAAAAUAUAGUGAAAAGACGAUGUACUUACGCGUAUAAAUACAUAUUUUAAAAUCUGCUAAUAUUUGUAUUAAAAAUAUUAGCCUGAGGUAGAUGUGAAAUUUGAAUACACGUAUAUUUGAUGAUAUUCAAUUUAAAUUGUGAUUGAUAAAAGCAUUUAAAUAUUGAAUUGUACACGAUGUAAAUUAAUUUUUAAAUCUCACUCGUAUAAUUAGUGCGUUAAUACUGUGGUCUGUGGGUACAUACACAUUUGAUGUUGAUAUAUUAUGAUAUAAUUACAUUGUUCAAUGUAUUGUUUUCUCUUUACUUGUAUGUUAUAAGACUAUUUCCAUCUCACUCUCGGUGAUUGGUGUCAUAUAUUCGUAUACCGUUGUAUCUGUAUAUAAUGUUCAGUAUAUUGUAUUGUAAUUCCGUCGCAGUAUAAUUCAUGUUAAAGGUAUUUUGAAUUUACUGUAUAUUCUCGAUUAUAUCGACGUACUGCUUUAAUAUAGAAUACCCACCUAGAUAUAUUUUAUUAUUGUUCGCAGAUUAGAAAAAUAUUUUUUCAUAAUAGAGCUCAUGUAUGAUGUUUGCGUCUUCGAUAUACAAGAAUACUGUACACCUACUACGCAUAUAGAUUUAAACCACGUUGUAAUGCAAUGUUGCGAAAAACUGGAGGAAUUUUAUUAGUUUAAAUUCUUAAUAGAUUGUAUUAGCGGCUUUAUAUUAAAAGUAUGAAGUAUCGAAGGCGCAUACACUAGACUACUUGCGUGUUCACGUAAUGUAUGUGUUCUGUGUAGGCAAGUAGGUGCACGGCGAGGGAUCGCGAUCUUAUUGUCGCUUGUAAUCAACGUAGUUUCGUACUAACACUAUUAUCAAAUGCAAAGUACAUACCUAGGCUACCGGUAGGAUUGAUAUUUAUUGCUCGACAAUCUAUAGAAUUAUGUAGCAGUUUUAGGUAACUUUUUCCUUUAUGUGCAAGUUGUUCUAUAAUUGCAUAUAACAUUGUUUUAACAUUAAUUUGGAUUGUUGUCUUCUUGGCAUGAUUAUAUUAUUUACAGAUAUGAAAAAUCUAGGAGACAUAACAUCUUACGUCACAGGAUAACGAUCGAAAUCCAAUGUCAUACAGAUCUUCGUAAUUCAAAGUUUUGGUUCUGGGUACAUGUUUUACUUACUAUGGGUAAAUGUCAUGCGCGACUUACGGACGUUUACUACUGUAAACGAUCCCAAUCGCAUUUUUUGGACCCAUCCCGAAAAUGGACCAAUCAGAUUGUAGUUCUUUUUACAAAGUUAGAAAUGACUUAUUAUGAUUUGCUCAUUCUCGGUAUCGGAUCGAAGAUUAAGAUUGCGAUUGUUUAUUGAAAACGACAGUUACUUGUCUCAACGCGCAGUCUUAUAACAAGAGAUAUCCGGUGUAAAAUGUUGACAUACUACGUGAAACAGAGGCUCAGAUCAGAAUCAGAACUUGGCCAGUAUUAUCUCAACAAUAAAGGACACAAUAAGUACCUUGAAAGGUCAUUGCAACCUUAAUGUCUGUAAAACUAAGAAUCCUAUUAAAUAAAUUUUAAUUUAUUUCUCUAAUAAAUUAGCCAUUAAUUUUAGACCUUGUAAUUGCUUUUAGAUCGUUAUCUUUUAGUUGAAAAUGAGAAAUAUUAAAUACAAAAUAAUAAUUGCACGAACUGCGUAAUUCGUAAUUCUAUAGAUUGUCACAUAAUCAGUUACAUUUAUAGUAAUCCGUGAUAUACAUAGUUGUUCACUUAUAUAUUUUAUUGCUCAAUAUAUACCCGUUAUAAUAUUGCAACAUCACAUUUUUUGUCGCAUAUCUCUAAAUUGCUUAACCUAACUGAAUACCAUUGAAUGUACCCGAUCUGUGUUAUAAUGUGAUUUGCCUAGAUCGAAUAAUGAUAUAGUUGUCCCCAAUGUUUUGGCGAACUGGAGAUAGUCACAAAACGCGUGAACUUUUCAUUGACUAACCGGUGACAGGAGGUGUAAAUGGAAAGCUAGGUUACCACAGGCGGGCAAGAAGAUUUGAGAUAAUUAGUUUCUUGGAUAUUAUGAAUUUUACUUUGUACAAUUAUAUAUAGUGUAUUCGCAGGAAAGUUCCAGAUAUGUUAACAAACAUGUACCAACUUAUCAGGUAUGUAUACUGUAUUUGUUGUUCCAUAACUUGUGCAAUUUCAUUGUGUAAUUCCGUGACAUUGUUAUCAGAGCACGCAUAGUUAUUGUAUUGCUCAGGAAGUCUGAGUAACUGUUCCUAAAAAAAUAUAUAAAAGAGGGUAGUCUAUAUUUGUUUACGUUUCCGGAACUAGCAUGUGAAUAUAUUAUAUCUAUGUCUGUGUAAGUUACGUGCGUCCCACCCGCCAUCUUCUAAUUUAAGAAAAUAAUUAUCGAUGCGUCCACGCAUCGUUUAAAUGUGUGUCUACCAUUAGGAGUCUCCUUAAAUAAAAGGAAGGUGAAAUUGACAUAGUUUGCAGUUUACAUAUUGGAUGUGGCAGUUUUCUUUAUAUUAGUUGUAAUUAUAUUGUUUUCAUAGUUAUUUAGUUAACUAAACAGCUUUUAUUUAAUAAUCUAGGUAUACACUUUAUGUGUUUCACAAUGUAUUCGGAAAAAUACCAUGACAGCCCUCAUCAGCUGGUAUUCAUGUUUAUGUUUUUAGUUUUAAUCAAUAAUUUCGUUACUUAAUCAUUGACGACUGUUGUGUAUAUUUAGGGAUCUCAAAUCAGUUUCCUGCAACGUUGCACCUAUUUUUUUCUAAGUACCUUUCUAGAGUGUCUUUUACGCUAUUUUUAAUUUAGUUACUUAGUUACCAUCUUAGUUGUAUACUUACCUACCCUUUAGCCUAAUGUUGUUCAAUUGACAUGAUUUAACGGUCGAAUUUCAUAAAUGUUCUUAAUCUUCUAUCUCUGGAUCUAUCGCAGAAAUAGACCAAUCAGAAUAAAGUUUGAUUAUUUUAGGAUCAAUCGAGAUCAAAAACAAGAUCUUUUAUUAGUAUCAGUCUAAAAUAAGUAUUGAUUGAUUUUUAUUAUAUUAUUUGUAGCUUUCAUUUAUAAAGUUGAAACAAUUAUUAAAUCUUAGUUUUUUUAGAUUCAUUACCAUGGAUAUAUUUGAUUUCAUAUAUAAAUCAGAGCAAAAUAUUGAUACACAUUAUAUUUAAUUAUUUGAACUGACGUGAAAUAUCGAACGUAAAUCGUGUACAUGCAAAAGGCAGCACCGUGCGUUUAUUACGUUUCCUUUAAGUUUUACGACGCUUAUGUGCGUUUAAUGUUUUUUAUUGCAAGUUACUGUUCCUUGUUCAUAUCUUUAUCUGAUUAUACGAUGUUUUAUUAAUGUCCCUUUUGUGUAUAUUGAAGUAUGAUAAGUGCUCAACUCGUAUCUCGUCGAAAGUUGGCGUUAAAUAAUGAAUUUCACUCAUGUAAAGUGUAAAUUCUACGUCCCUAGUAACAAAUAACUUACGUUAUUAAAGUAUAAUUUUUAUUACUCAAUCUAUUAAUAUUUGCCUUAACAUGAUUUGACAAAUAUCUGCAGUUGUUUGACCUCAGUGUUUAGAAUUUUGUAGCCGCUGUACUUUAAAAUGUUUUAUGGUAUUAAAUUGUUUUGACAUGAAUUUAUCUUUACUAUCCACACCAUAUCUUAUAUUAUAGUAAAACAUAUGAUGUAUACAAAUUGAGUCACAAAUAUUGUAACCGUAUUGUAUGAAGUGCUUAUUGUUAGUACGUAUAUUUUCUGUAUUGUGAUUGAAGAUUUCCUAUAAUAAUGCAUACUUGUAUUAAAUUAUAACAAAUCAGAGUGAAUACGUCGUAUAAUGUUUGCGGUUAAGAACGCUUGGCCUGCUUAUUGACAAAUUCUUACCGACAUGUGAUAAAUACCUACUAUUGAAUUAUUCUAAAUAAAGGGGAAAGUAUUUAA